GGGGGGAUGGGCGCGACGUUAGCGAAACUCAGAGCUGUGGGCGCGAGCAGCGGCAGCGGUGCAGGUCUUGAUGUACAUGGGGGGCCCGCGCGUGCUGCGUCUCCCUAUCAUGCGGACUAAACAGCGGAACUGCAAAAUGGCCAGGAACCCAACCGCCGACGGCUGGCACACAGGCACGGCGAGGCGAGGGCUACACGCGCAAGUUGAAGCGAGGUGUCAAGUCGGACACAAGUCUGGCGCCACCACUGCCACAGCCAGUGGAGCCAAGCGGCAACCACGCCGAACUAGUGGGCGGCGGCGGCGACGGCAGCCCAAGCUCUAAGCCGCAACUAGAACCGCCAAUACGUGAACGUCAUGUGUAUGUCAUCAGCGCGCGGUGAC